GUAUCCCAGACCUAAAAUCUUGCGGGUGACUUGAAAAUUCAAAUUUUAUUCAUCAAUCACCAAUCACUACUGUCAAUUCCACCUUUGAAGUUCGUUAAUGGCAACAAACUAGAUCACAACCUUCCUCGUCAACACAAACCACUGCUUCUCGUGGCGCAGAAUACGCCCCUUUUCUCCCGCUUCUGCUUCUUUCCAAAAUACAUCUCACUCAUGCCGAUUACUCUCCGAUCAAGGAGGAAAACUAGUGGUGAUUUGACUGAUUUCUGCUUCAUUUCACCCAAUUAUUCCACUAUUCACACACUUUAUCGCAUGUACUUUCAUUUCCAUGAAGUUUUCUGCCUUUCUGGAGCUGGCUAGGGGUUAAACAAUGUGUGCGAGCUCGAUUGUCCAUCGGUUUAGACAUUGAUUUUGUGGUUAAAAACUUAAAAUGGCGCUUAAGCUUCCAGCUGCUGAAGCUGCAAAUGUUGCGAUUCAGUCGAUUGGAUGUGGUUAUGAUAUCUCGUUAGAUCUGAGGCUUACGUAUUGUAAACGCGGUUCGUCUUCAGAUGUUGUUGGGGGUAAUCAUAAUCAAAACCGAUUGAUUGAAGUUGAUGAAGCUGAAGGUAGAGACAUUGUCCUUCCUUGUGGACUCUUAAUUCCUGAUGUUGCCAGAUCAAUUAGAUGUGAUAAAGGAGAGCGGACUCGAUUUCGUUCAGAUGUUCUCUCGUUUCAACAGAUGUCAGAGCAUUUCAACCAGGAACUAUCAUUGACUGGAAAAGUUCCUUCAGGCCUUUUCAAUGCCAUGUUUGAGUUUUCUGGAAGUUGGCAGAAAGAUGCUUCGAGUACCAAAACUCUAUCUUUUGAAGGCAUGUUCAUUUCAUUAUACACAAUUGCACUAGAAAAAUCUCACAUACUACUCUCUGAUCAUGUAAAGAAAGCUGUUCCAUCUUCAUGGGAUCCUCCUUUGAUAGCAAGUUUUAUCGAAAAUUUUGGGACUCAUAUAGUUGUGGGUGUGAAUAUGGGUGGAAAAGAUGUAAUCUAUAUGAAACAACAACAUACAUCUUCCCUUCAACCUGCUGAAGUACAAAAAAGACUAGAAGCCAUGGCAGACAAGAGAUUCCUCGAUCUUGAUGAACAAUAUGGAGUUCAAUCUGGACGUAUUUCUCAAAAUGACAUGUAUGAUAUGAGGGAGCAUAGACUAAGGUUUGCAGAUACUAGUCCAUCAAGUUCUUAUUCUUACAAGGAGAAUCUUGCUACCAUUUGUAAAAGAAGAGGAGGGACUGAUAAUAGAAAUUUAAACCAUAAUGAUUGGUUGCAUAGUGUGCAAUUAGAACCCGAUGUAAUCGCAAUGUCUUUCAUUCCAAUAACUUCAUUGCUUAAUGGCGUAUCGGGAAGUGGAUACUUGAGCCAUGCCAUAAAUCUAUAUCUACGUUAUAAACCACCGAUUGAAGAGCUUCAUCAGUUCUUAGAGUUCCAGUUGCCAAGACAGUGGGCCCCAGAGUUCAGUGAUCUUCCACUCGGACCACAUCCAAAGCAACGAAGAACACCGUCGUUACAAUUUAGCUUUUGUGGGCCCAGGCUAUACGUGAACCUCAAUCCGGUUGACGUGAGUAAGACGCCGGUGACAGGUCUCCGAUUAUACCUAGAAGGCAAACGGAGCAACUAUUUAGCGAUCCACCUGCAACAUCUCUCUUCUCUCCCCAAACUCUUCCACUUCGAUUCCGAUCAAAAUCGAAACUUCUCCGACGAAUCUUACGACCACCGCUACUACGAAAAAGUCCAAUGGAAGCAUUUCUCCCACGUCUGCACUGCUCCGGUCGAAUCAGAAAACGAUCUCUCAAUCGUAACCGCCGCCUGCUUCCAAGUCGCCGAUCACGGAUUCAAAAAAGUCCUCUUUUUACGGCUAGGGUUUUCAACUGUACUCGGUGCAGUUGCGAUUAAAACCCCGGAAUGGGAUGGAUCGUGUGGGUUGACUCGUAAAUCGGGACUGAUAUCGAGUCUUAUAAGUCAUCAUUUGACGGGGGUGUUGAAAACGCCACCGCAAGCGGUGGAAGUGAAUAUAAAUUCGGCGGUGUACCCUGGUGGACCACCGGCUCCGAUUCAGGCGCCGAAGCUGUUGAGGUUUGUGGAUACGACGGAGAUGACGAGGGGGCCGCAGGAGUCUCCGGGGUAUUGGGUUGUUUCUGGGGCUAGACUUGUUGUGGAUAAGGGGAAGAUAUCUCUUCGUGUGAAGUAUUCUUUGUUGACGGUGGUGUUGCCGGAGGAAGCGGCGGAGGUUGGCGGAUGUUGAAAGUUGCGAUGAUAGUUUUAGAAUGAGUUGAGACUUGAGAGUGACAGCGUUUGCUGAAUAAUAUGUUAUGUUCGUUUAUAAUUCAUGUAUGCUAUGUAAAUAACAUUCGAACAUUCAAUCUUUCAUGCAUUUUUGGUGAUUGGAUA